CCUCUCUCUAUUCGACCUCUUGGCCGCUCUCCUCUCGACUCCUCUUCGCCCUCGCUGAAACGUAUCAGGGUUUCUGGGAGUAGACCCUCAUUCGUUCCGCCCCAACGCUCGAUUUUCGUUGUUCGGAGGAGGAGGAUACGAUGGCAGAGGACGCGGUGACGCCCAGCCCAUCGCCCGCGGCGGCGGCGGCCGCGGGGACGAUCGGGAGCUCGGUGAUCCCGAUCGUGAACAAGCUCCAAGACAUCUUCGCCCAGCUUGGCAGCUCCUCGACCAUCGAUCUGCCUCAGGUGUCUGUGAUCGGGAGCCAAAGCAGCGGGAAGUCGAGCGUGCUCGAGGCGCUCGUCGGCCGGGAUUUUCUACCGCGGGGGUCGGAUAUUUGUACUAGGAGGCCGCUCGUGCUCCAGCUCGUGCACUGCCCCCGGCGUCCGGAGGCGGCGGAGGGGGCAGAAGAGUGGGGGGAGUUCCUCCACUUGCCCGGGAAGAGGUUCUGCGACUUCUCAGAAAUACGGCGCGAGAUCAAGGCUGAAACAGAUAGGGAAGCAGGAGGGAACAAGGGAGUUUCUGACAAACAAAUUCGCUUGAAGAUUUUUUCACCAAAUGUUUUGAAUAUUACUUUGGUCGAUUUGCCUGGAAUAACUAAAGUGCCGGUUGGUGACCAGCCAAGUGACAUUGAGGCAAGAAUUAGAACUAUGAUCCUGUCAUACAUCAAACACAGGACUUGCAUAAUAUUAGCAGUCUCACCAGCGAAUGCAGAUUUAGCAAAUUCUGAUGCACUUCAGAUGGCUAGGAUUGCUGAUCCAGAUGGUUCUCGGACUAUUGGUGUCAUCACGAAGUUAGAUAUAAUGGAUAGAGGUACCGAUGCCCGCAACUUUUUAUUGGGAAAUGUGAUCCCCCUCAAACUUGGAUAUGUUGGUGUUGUGAACCGUAGUCAACAGGAUAUUAACUUUAACCGUAGUAUCAAGGAUGCAUUGGCCUUUGAAGAGAACUUCUUCCGCAAUCAGCCUGCAUAUCAUGGUCUUUCUCACUGCUGCGGGGUUCCUCAGUUAGCCAAGAAACUGAAUCAGAUUUUAGUACAACAUAUCAGGGCUGUCCUUCCAGGACUGAAAUCUCGCAUAAAUGCUCAAUUGGUGGUUGUAGCAAAGGAGCAUGCUGCUUAUGGUGAUGUUGCAGAGUCAAAGGCUGGUCAGGGAAUCAAACUCUUGAACAUUCUUACAAAAUAUUGUGAAGCUUUUUCAUCAAUGGUGGAAGGAAAAAAUGAGGAAUUGUCCACAGCGGAGCUUUCUGGUGGAGCACGAAUACACUAUAUUUUCCAGUCCAUCUUCGUGAAGAGUUUGGAGGAAGUUGAUCCUUGUGAAGCCAUAACAGAUGAAGAUAUCCGCAUGGCUAUUCAAAAUGCAACUGGUCCUAAAAGUGCUUUGUUUGUACCAGAGGUGCCAUUUGAGGUUCUCGUACGAAGGCAAAUAGGCCGCUUGUUAGAUCCAAGCCUUCAGUGUGCAAAAUUUAUAUAUGAUGAAUUAAUUAAGAUGAGCCACCGUUCCUUAGCUAGUGAGCUUCAGCAGUUUCCUGUCCUUCGAAAGUGCAUGGAUGAGGUAAUCGGGAAUUUCUUAAGAGAGGGCCUUCAGCCUGCAGAGACGAUGAUAACCCACAUUAUUGAAAUGGAGAUGGAUUAUAUAAACACUUCACAUCCAAAUUUUAUCGGUGGCAGUAAGGCUGUAGAGAUUGCACAGCAGCAAGUUAAAUCUUCAAGGUUAUCAGCAUCAGUGCCGAGAUCUAAGGAUGGAAUAGAUUCUGAUAAGCUACAAGCAUCUGAAAAGAGUCUGAAAUCUCGAGCUAUCCUUGCCAGAUCUGCUGCAAAUGGAGCUAUUUCUGAUGCCCUUCAGGGAGUUCGACCUUCUGGGGAUUCUGAAAGGCCAGGUUCAUCUGGAGGUACAACUGGAUCAAGCUGGGGCUUUUCAUCAAUUUUUGGUUCUAGUGAGGAUCGUGCAUCUGGAAAAGACAGUUCAUUGAACAAGUCUUACAAUACACCUGCUUACACUGUUGAACAUUCCCUCACUAUGAUCCAGUUAAGGGAGCCACCAGUCAUCCUAAAGCCCUCAGAGAAUCAGACAGAUCAGGAGGCUUUGGAGAUAGCUAUCACAAAAUUGUUAUUGAAGUCGUAUUAUGAUAUUGUAAGAAAAAGUAUCGAGGACUCUGUGCCAAAGGCAAUUAUGCACUUCCUGGUUAAUCAUACAAAGCGGGAGCUGCAUAAUGUUUUUAUUAGAAAACUUUACAGAGAAAAUCUCUUCGAAGACAUGUUAAGAGAACCCGAUGACAUAGCUGCUAAAAGGAAACGGAUCCGGGAGACACUCAAAGUUUUGCAGCAAGCUUACAGGACAUUGGACGAGAUACCACUUGAAGCUGAAACUGUUGAGAAGGGUUAUAUUCUAGACACUGAUGGAACUGGUCUGCCAAAGAUCCAUGGGCUUCCUUCAUCGUUCUAUACUAAUAAUGACUACAGCGCGUCGUAUGCUGCUUCUCCCAAGAAUCCCCGAUCCAGGAAGAUAGCUUAUUCAGGAGAGCAACCAUCAUCAUUGUAUUCAAAUUCUGAUGCCAAUGGAUUGGGAUCCUAUCCAAGAAUUGAUGCAUGAGUUGUUGGAUCUAUUGAAAUUCUAUACUGAAGUUUAGUGGUGCAUUAAAGCAUGCACUAAGUUGGUUUUGCUUCCUCAAGGUAAUAUCUAAAGUUUUGUUAUUCUUUAGUGCUGGCUCGUUUCCAGUGAGAGCAGUGCACAUUAGAUAUUUGCUUGAUGUAUAGUAAAUAUAUUCAUUUAUUUUCAUCAAAUUUGUUAAAAAGUUCACCAAUGAGAAGUAACAUGGCUGUUUCCUUUAUGAUUUGAGAAGAGUUUCUUUUUU